CGCCGCGUUCCUGGUCGCGUGAGUACUGCCUGAAUGCUGUGGUGAGUUCCUGAAUGAAGUGAACUUCGUUUGUAAGCAAUCGAUUCAUGGACUGGAGUAUAACAGACACUAGAGGAUUCCUGCUGUGUCCCCUGGUUUGGAGCCUGCGACGUUGGAUAUCCCGGGAUCGUUGUUUUAUAGAGAGAACUCAUCCGCCUUCGUUGCUAUUAAGUAGUCUCAAAAGCAGCACCCAGUUUGUCUGUAAGGAAGAAAUGAAAUCUCGUUUUUAAAAGUUGCACUUCUAUUCUCCGGCCCCGAUCUCCAAUCCCUUAAUUUUGCUGGACAAGUAGGGAUUUUUCCAAACAUCUGUCUCAUAAUCUGGUGCUGAUCUUACUGCAUAAUGACUUUCUAUUUGUCUGGUAUUGGAAGCUUUCCUAAGCUUUGGAAGAGCAACCCGGUAUGGCUAGGCCCAGGGCACUCUUACCUGUCUCUCUUUCUCACAGACUUCUGUGGCAUCGGGAACCAACAAAGGUGGUUUUCUCUUAAAACAAUGUCUCCACAAAAUACCAAAGCAACGGAUCUGCUAAUUGCCAAGGCCAGAUAUCUCAGGAAAGAUGAAGGCAGUAAGAAGCAAGUUUCCUCUGAUCCUUCUCAUUUUUUUUUAGCUGGAGCAGCUAAGAAGAGAUCGCAGAUGAAUUCUCAGAGAAAAGAUCAUGCCUUGCCACCUGUAAAGAACACUAUUCAACUCCCAACGAAACCUUUGAAUUCAAAGGAGUGGGAUAAACUUAAGGAAGAUUUCAAAGGAAAGGUCAAUUUUGAAAGUUGGAUCAGUUCACAGAUGGCUCACUCUCAUAGCUCUGUAGAUGUGGCUAAAUCUCUGCUAGCAUGGGUAGCAGCAAAAAACAAUGGUAUUGUAGGCUAUAAUUUACUGGUGAAGUAUUUGCAUCUGUCUGUCUUUCAUAAGCAGACAUCAGAAGUGAUUGAUGUCUAUGAAAUCAUGAAAGCCAGAUAUAAGAGCUUAGAACCUGAAGCAUAUACUCUUCUCAUCCGGGGAUUAAUCCAUUCAGACAGAUGGAGAGAGGCCUUGCUGCUGUUACAGGACAUCAAAAAAGUCAUGACCCCUUCAAGAAAGAACUAUAAUGACUGUAUCCAGGGAGCCCUCCUUCAUCAAGAUGUAAACAUGGCCUGGAAUUUGUAUCAGGAAUUGCUAGCUCAUGAUCUCGUUCCUCUGUUGGAAACUUUAAAAGCCUUCUUUGAUGUUGGAAAAGACGUAAAGGAUGAUCACUAUUCAAACAAACUAGUAGACAUUCUUUUGUAUCUAAGAAAUAAUCACCUAUAUCCUGGGGAGUCAUUUGCACACAGUAUAAAAACAUGGUUUGAAAGUGUUCCUGGGCAACAAUGGAAAGGACAAUUCACCACAAUCCAGAAAAGUGGUCAGUGUUCGGGGUGUGGAAAAACCAUAGAGUCUAUUCACCUGAGUCCAGAAGAGUAUGAAUUUCUCAAGGGAAAAAUCAUAAGAGACGUGAUUGAUGGAGGUGACCAAUACAAAAAGACAACACCUUGGGAACUUAAGAGAUUUAAGAACUUUGUAAAAUCCUGUCCUCCUUUUGAUAUUGUCAUCGAUGGCCUCAAUGUUGCCAAAAUGUUUCCUAAAGUUCGUGAAUCUCAAGUUGGGAGCCUUUGAAGCAGUAAUAUUGACAAAGUCAGAGCAGAAAAAGAAGAGAGGAAUUUUUGUCAUUUAUGUAUGGUAGAGCUCAAGAUCAGACGGCUCAUUCUGAAAGUCUAAUCUGUGAGAAAUAAAAAGUUUCAUAUUCAUUUACGUUUAGUUUGACUUUCUGCUUCACACAAAACACUAAAAAUUAGCUUGCCAGAGAUAUAUACUCCAAAAUGGGACUAGAUUUUGGGGGGAAAGUAAGAUGUUGAAGUUGAUGUAGUCCCCAGCAUUAUCAGAGAAAACUGUAUACACUUUGAAAGAUUCUAGCACAUUUAGGCAAACAAAGAGACAAAGAACAAAAGAUCAGUCGUGAAAUCAUAAGAAUCUGCUACUACUUUUUGGUUUUACUCAUUAAACAGUUUAAUGUUAGCAACAAUUUAUGUGACAAGCAUUUGUUCUUAUUCAGCUCUUUAGAGCACUGUUGUCUUGUGCCAGUGCACUGGUAUUAAAGUUGGGAAACCUCUGCUCAGAAACUCAGCUUAGGGACACUCUCUGAAUAAAGAAAGAAGAAAAAACUUCCUUUCAAAGCUAGAAAUUUGUAAAAAAUAAAGGCAUAUCAUAUUUCCCAUAGACCUAUCUUUUUUUUAUUUUUCUGAUAAAUCUGCACAUAAAUUCUUUUGUGGCUUAUUCUCAUUCUUCACUUUAACACUUGCUGGGUUGUCAGAAGUAGCCUCCCAUUUUUUCUGUUCAUCCUGUAGAUGGCAUUUUAGUUUAGAAAUUGAGAAUGGGGAUUUUGGAGCCAUAUUCUUUCAGUUUCAGUCCUAGUUCUGCCACUUGUGAGAUUGCAUGGCUUGAGCAAGUUACUUAACCUCUCUUUGCCUAGUUUCUCAAUCUGUAAAAUGGGGGUAUAAUAAUAUUAAUGUCUAUAUUAUAAAGAUGUUGUGAAGAAUUAAUGAGUUAAUACAUAUAAGCACUUGGCACAUAGUUAGUACUUCAAAGGUAUAACUAUUAUUGUGAUUACUAUUCAAAUGAACUUCCCAAAUGGAACCAUAAUUUUUGCUUUCAACAGACCUUUAUAGGACUCUAAAAU